UCGGCGUCUGUAGGGUUUUUUUUUUGUGUAUUUUUUCGCUGGACGUACUCUCUGCUACUCUUCUUAUAUUUCUCCUCUCGUUAUAUGAGAUAUCCAGCCGCCCGGGCUCUCUCCAUGCGGGCGCUGGGGCUCUGCGGGCGAAAGCAUGACCCGGAGAGCAGUUAGCAGGAAGAGGAGAGCGGCGCCGGGAGCGGGCCCCGGAGAACAGGCUGAUUGGGACCAUGUCACCCAGAAGCGGAGGAGGCUUCCUCCAGAGAAGAAGUCCAUGGUGUUUUACCUGAAGACAAGGGAGCUGAAGGCUCAUGAUGACCCCAGUUACCACCGCCUGUUACGUGGCUGCGCUGCUCAGGCUCUGCCUGGCAUCCUGAAGGAGAGGGAGUUUCAGCUUGGGACCCUCAAUAAAGUAUUCGCGUCGCAAUGGCUAAACCACCGUCAAGUCGUCUGUGGAACCAAAUGCAAUACGUUAUUUGUGGUGGAUGUACAGACAGGGCAGAUCACAAAGAUCCCCAUCUUGAAAGAUCGUGAGCCGGUUAAUACAACUCCUCAGAGCUGUGGAAUCCAUGCCAUUGAGAUAAACCCUUCCCAGACAUUGUUGGCUACCGGAGGAGAUAACCCCAACAGCCUGGCAGUGUAUCGGCUGCCCACCCUGGAUCCCAUCUGUGUGGGAGACGAGGGUCACAAUGACUGGAUCUUCUCUAUUGCAUGGAUUAGUGACACCUUGGUUGUGUCAGGCUCCCGUGAUGGCUCAAUGGCUCUGUGGGAGAUUAAUGAUGAUGUUCUGAAUAAGUGCAACUUUCAACACAGCCUCUCCCGAGUGCCAGUCUAUGCUCACAUUUACCACAAAGCAUUGAAGGACAUCCCUAAAGAGAGCAGCAACUCCUCAAACUGCAAAGUUCGUGCGCUGGCAUUCAACAGCAGGAAGAAGGAGCUGGGAGCCGUGUCGCUGGAUGGCUACUUCCACUUGUGGACAGCAGAAUACACUUUAGCCAAGCUGCUGUCUACCAAGUUACCGUAUUGCAGAGAGAACGUCUGUCUCGCCUAUGGUCUAGAGUGGUCAGUCUAUGCUGUGGGAUCACAGGCACAUGUGUCUUUCCUUGAUCCACGGCAGCCGCCAGAGAAUGCCAAGUCUGUGUACUGCAGGGAGCAAGGCAGUGGUAUUCGCUCUGUGAGCUUCUAUGAGCAUAUUAUCACAGUGGGGACUGGUCAGGGCUCACUCCUGUUUUAUGACAUCCGGGCACAGAGGUUUUUGGAUGAUUUCACUGGCUAUUUAAGUGGCUCAAAGUCCAAAGGAGAGGCUCUCAAAUUGACGACUGGGAAAGGUUGGCUGAACCACAAUGACAUGUGGAGGAAUUACUUCUCCGAUAUCGACUGCUGCCCCAAUGCUGUUUACACCCACUGCUACGACUCGUCCGGAACAAAACUCUUUGUGGCAGGCGGUCCUUUGCCAACGGGUCUCCAUGGAAACUACGCCGGGCUGUGGAGCUAAGGAAGAGACCCAAGAUGAGGUGGCGCAGUCUGUCGUUAACCCUUUUUCUCCAAAUGUGCAAUGCAGAAGAAGACCCUCUAGCAGUCACUAAAUUAUGUCCGCUGCUUUUUUUUCUUUCUGUCCACGUUUUUAUUUUUAGUAAAAUUCAAUGCUUCUUUCAUUGACAUUCACCAGCCAAUCCUGUCAAGAAUAUUUUUUAAAACCUUUUUUAUCGUUCCUUCUCCAUUGUUAAACUUUUUAAAGAUAGAGUUUCUCUUAUGGGGGUCCACGAAUCACAAGAUGUGUACCCCUGAAAAAAGUUAUGUCAUUAUUUUUCUGAACAGUCUCAGAACGUGGCCAAUUUGCAGAGCCUUCCUAACUUUUUUUUUUUUUUUUUU